CGCGCUGUCCGGCAGCGAGGCCGCCAGAGCGCCAUGGCCUUCUCGCCGAACGGCGUCUGCAUGCCGUCGACGCCGGAGCCGGAGGCGCCGGCGCCGGCGCCGGAGCCGGAGAAGCACGGCCCCCACGAGGAGAUGGACCCCGCCGGCGGCCUCCUCAAGUUCUUCACGCACCCGGAGGUGGGCCCCGUGGAGCGGUGCCUGCAGGAUCCCAUGCUGCGCCAGCACGUCACCGACGCCAACUUCUGCAAGCGCCUGCGGGACAUCCGGUCCAAGGCGUUGGUCGCGAAGACGCCGGAGGAGAUCUCCGCGCUGACGCGGACCAUGCUCAACGACCCGCGGCUCACGCAGUGCUCCAUGGCCGGCGCGGGCAUGACCCUGACCGUCGAGGAGUCGGACCUGCAGAAGGCCGAGCGCCUCGGCGACAUCGCGAAGCGGUCGCCGCUGCUCCUCGAGGACAUGGUCGCCGCGGAGAAGUGCGAGGACCGCGAGGCGGCCAAGGCCGCCGGCAACGACAAGUUCGCCGCCAAGGACUACGCGGGCGCGUUAGCCUACUGGACGCGGUCGCUGCGCUUCAACCGGGACCAGGGCAUCGUCGAGGACGUCGACUUCUCCGGCGCGAUCUACUGCAACAUGGCCAUGGCGCUGCUCAAGUUGAACUUCGCGACGCGCGCGGAGCAGGCGGCGUCGCGGGCCAUCAAGCACUGCGACUUCGCCUACGCGCGCAUGCUCGAGGCGCGCGACGAGAUGCGCAAGGCCGUCGAGAACGGCGACCUCGAGGCCGUCGACGAGACGCACCCCAUGCUGCGCCUCAAGCUCCUCGACGGCGCGACGCGGCGCAAGGCCCUGUACCGCCGGGCCCUCGCGCGCGAGCUGCUCCACCAGCACGCCAAGGCCUACGCGGACAUCAAGGACGCGCGGCGCCGCGCGGACGACGACGACGCGCCGCCCGCGGAGAAGCAGACGCUCCGCCGCGAGCUGCUGCGCUUCGACAAGCUCAAGAAGUUCGAGGAGAAGGAGCUCAAGGAGCGCGCGAAGCGCAAGGCCGAGGAGGCGUCCAUCGCCGCGAAGCGCGCGGGCGGCGAGAAGUUGGGGGACGCGAAGCCGAAGCCCAAGGGCGGCCCCGCGACGCCCGGCGCGUCCGUGGGCUACCUCGAGGAGAAGGACCACAGCCGCUGGGCGAUGACGCGCGCGGCGCAGCUCCUGGAGGACGUCGAGGUCGACCUGGGCCGCGGCGCGUCCGUCCGCGUCGGCGAGGCCCUGAAGCGGCAGUCCGCCGUGUCCGCGUCCGUCACGGUCAAGAAGGGCAAGCGCGCGCUCUACUACGACAUCGACGUCCACGCGACGUGGAUCGCCGAGCCGCCCCAGGACUUCGACCUGUCGCCCGACGACUCGGUCAAGGCGAGGGACCGGCCGCGGUCGCUCGAGGGCACCGUCCGGCUCUACAACGUGAGCCACGAGACCACGUACGAGCCGGGCGCGGACACGAACGUCGCCUACAUGUACCAGCUCGGCUACAAAGGCAUCGACCCCAAGUGGUUCGACGGCAACCAGGCCACGGCCGACGCGCCGCCCUGGGCCGCGCUCCUCAUCAACGGCGCGCACGAGCUCUACGAGGCCACGGCCAAGGCCGUCGACGCGCUCAUCGGCGAGCUCAAGCAGAAGUAGGCAGUUUUUUUAAUACAAGUAGGGCAGGUGUG